GAGCGUCGCCGAGGACUGGCAAGGCCUGCCGAGCGUUGCCGAGGGCCGCCGAGCGUAGCCGAGGGCCGCCUAGGCUAGAGCGAGGCUCGCCCUCGCCAUGGGUCCCGUGGUGGAGCGGCCGGCCGAGCCGGGGACGAGCGGCGUGGCGGAGCUGGAGCUGCUGAAGCGGCGCGCCGCGGAGCGCAUCGACGAGGCGGCCGAGCGCCUGGGCGCGCUGAGCCGCGCCAUCUGGAGCGCGCCCGAGCUGGCCUACGAGGAGCACGGCGCGCACCGCGAGCUCACGCGCUUCUUCCAGCGCGAGCCGCCGGCCGCCUCGUGGGCGGUGCAGCCGCACUUCGCGCUCCCGACCGCCUUCCGCGCCGAGUGGGCGCCGCCCGGGGCCGCCGCCGCCGGGCCCCGCGCGCUGCGGCUCGCCUUCCUGUGCGAGUACGACGCGCUGCCCGCCCUGGGCCACGCCUGCGGCCACAACCUCAUCGCCGAGGCCGGGGCGGCCGCCGCGCUCGGCCUGCGGGCUGCGCUAGAGAGCGCCGCCGCGCCGCCGCCCGUCACGGUAGUUGUCCUGGGAACCCCUGCAGAAGAAGACGGUGGCGGCAAAGUUGAUUUAAUUGAGGCAGGUGCCUUUAAAAACCUUGAUGUUGUUUUUAUGGCCCAUCCAUCUCAAGAGGAUGCUGCCUACCUACCGGACGUAGCGGAGCACGAUGUGACGGUGAAGUACUAUGGAAAGGCAUCUCACGCGGCUGCGUACCCUUGGGAGGGAGUGAAUGCCUUGGACGCUGCAGUCCUCGCCUAUAACAACCUCUCUGCAUUAAGACAGCAGAUGAAACCAUCAUGGAGAGUGCACGGUAUAAUAAAAAAUGGUGGUGUAAAACCCAAUAUCAUCCCCUCUUACUCGGAAUUAAUCUAUUAUUUCCGUGCACCCUCAAUGAAAGAGCUUCAAGUUCUGACAAAAAAGGCGGAAGAUUCCUUCAGAGCUGCAGCUUUGGCUACAGGCUGCACAGUAGAAAUUAAAAGUGAAGCACACGAUUAUUACAAUGUUAUUCCCAAUAAGACACUGUGCAGUGCAUAUAUGGAAAAUGGAAAGAAGCUGGGAAUGGAAUUCAUUUCAGAAGACGCAGUGUUGAAUGGCCCUUCAGGCUCUACUGAUUUUGGAAAUGUCAGUUUUGUGGUUCCUGGGAUUCAUCCGUAUUUUUACAUUGGGACGGAUGCCCUGAAUCACACGGAACAAUACACAGAAGCUGCAGGAUCACAAGAAGCUCAGCCGUACACUCUGAGGACUGCCAAGGCUCUGGCAAUGACUGCCCUGGACGUCAUCUUUAAGCCUGACUUGCUGGAAGCAGUCAGAGAGGAGUUUAAGUUGAAACUUGGAGAAGAACAGCUUUUAAAUACAAAAACAUAGAGGAAUGACUUAGGGACUUCUCAGGAAACAUUGUUUGUUUGCCUUUUUUUUUUUUCAGUGAAAGAGAGCAUGGGUAUUUUUCAGUGUUGGUAAGUGAGGACAGGAUCUGGCAAAAACUAAUUCAUGUUUAGACUUAAUGGAGUUUGUGAUAGUUGAGGCAUUCUUAUGCAGUGCCAUCUCUUACGUUGGAUGACUCAUGAUACUGUAACGUGGUAGUGGUUUGUAAGUGUAUCUGUUGUAUACUGUUACCAGUCCCACAGGUUUCAGAGCUUAGCACUCAGGCGCCCUGUGGCUCAGUAGUGAAUGUCUCCUCAGCAGUUUACUUAGGGAGUUUAAGUCCGGCUCUAUCUGUUUUAGUCGAGAGAAAAACUUAAGAUAAACAUGUACUUAUGGGGCGGAUCUAGAAUCUCCAGUUCAACAAACUAGCUUUACUUUUAACAUUUUAAAACCAGAGAAUGAUCCUUAUUUGUAAUUACUCCAAGAAUUUGGCAUAGGAGCAGUGGACAUAACAGUAGGACAGGGUGUUGCGAGGUAGCCCAGGGUUUUGCUGGAGAGGCAGAGGACUGCUGCUGGGUGCGCUCUGUUCUGCCCUGGCUCACUACCCAGAAGCAGCAGCCCCUCAGAAACCUCCCUGAGCCCCAGGCUGGCCCAGUAGUAAUGGGAGCCUGUGGCCCCGGAAAGGAAGCUCUGCAGCCCCAUGCUGGGACUUGGUUAGGCUCCCUACCGCCGGUUCUCUGGACAUCAGCUCACCCUCUGCCUUUCUGUCAUCAGAGCAUGUGUGGAACUACAAAAAAGAGUUCUUGUUAUGAGAAAGCCGGAAAUCUGAAACAUGUCAGUGGUUGUCAAUAAAAAUCACUGUCAACAGCAACUCUAGAAACAAGAGGCACAGUGAUCUGGACUGUUCCCAACAGGGGUGUCCUUUGAAACAAGCCUGGUUGUGCUCCCCGCACCGUGCCCCGCACGUCCUCAGCCUUUCCGCUGUGCACACCACCCUUUCUGUCUUCAUGGCACCCUGUGACUGGGUAUUCACAACCAACUUCAUCAAUAAGAUGAAUUUUCCAUAUGCAUUUUCCAUAAAGAGGUAGUAUCAAUGAAAACUUCAGUCAAAAAUAAGACACGUCAGAGAUGUGGUGUAUAUUAAUGGAGUUAGUCUCCUAAACAAGUUCUAUGUUUCUCACAUCCUCAGGAACAGGUUGUUAGCUGGUUUGUUUGGUUUUGGUUCUUGCAGGACUGGAUGUUGAGACCAGGGCUCUCGCACUGAGCUGCAUCCCCAGCCGGGGACAGGGCACACUGGUUUGCUAACCAAAUGCUUGGCAACAUUCUAGAACAGCUGUCGUUACUGAUAUAGCUCACGCUCUGCAGGUCGUCACAGCUGUGUGUCCUGUGUUUGGUUUACUAUUUUUAAAGUAAAAUUCAAUAUUACUCAUGUAUAAACAAUGUGUAAACAUGUAUAACAUGUAAAAGCAAUGUCACCUCUAAAUAAGAAAGGGAAGGCUCUGUUUUUCCUUUCUAUUGUUUCUUGGUGGAGAUUACUGUAGUUUUACAUGGGGCCUUGCUUGCUGUUCUGCGCAGACUGGCCUCAGACUGGCCAGCUUAUCUGAGUACUGGAUGGCAGAGAUGUGCCACUGUGCCCAGCUUUAUCUCUUUGUUCUCAAGAGAUGAAUGCCUGUUUUUACAAAGUUGAUGUGACUUAAAUGUGGAGUGCUGUAUGUUGAUUUUGAAGGAUGCAACCAUAUUUUCUCCCAGUGUCAAUUUGAUGAGACUUUUAUCAUUGAAUAAUUCUGUAAUUAAAUGUGUUUUUGCACUAGAUUCUGUAUUUGAAGUUAGGGUCUGUGGGGAGUGUUUCAAACUUUUCCUCUCCAGCAUAGUUGCCAGCUUUUGAAUACUUCCUGCCACUUGGAAUCAUGAAAGAUCAGACAGCUUUCUUGUGGCUCACGAUCACAAGGUAAGUUUUCAUCUUGUGGUGUGAGCUUCCUUGUGACGCCUAGAGUAGAAAAGGGAAGUUAGUGUCACUUUUCUCCAGUACACAAAACUGGACCCAUUUCCUCAAAAGCUUAGGCUGCUUCAUAGAAAGGUGAAAUUAUAAGACUUUAAAAUCUUGGCUUAGUUUCUGACAGUUGUCCGUUAGUGGACCUGAUGAGUUUUUGUUGUGUUUUUAUCUCCCAGUGACUUACAGCCUUGCAUCGCUUACAGCGUGUACCGAAAGCCUUGGCUUCAGCUGCCAGCUAGGGACUGUGUUAAAUCAAUAGACUGUCGAGGAGGCUGCACUGACGUUAAAUGUACUUACAGUCUGAAAGUGUAUUCUCUCUGCCAGCCUAGCCUUAAGGAAGCUUGAAUAUAGGACCUGCACAGUGUGUGUGUGUUGUAUGGAGAGAGAAUGUGCCUGGGGAUGGAACCCAAAUCGAGCUAUGAAAUUCCUUCGUUACACACGUGCCUGCCAUGUGCGCAGGGCUGGAAGGAGAUUCUGCUCAGCGUUUUAGUGAGUCUGAGAUUUGACUGACCUGCCCAGAGGAGGCCGGGUGUGCAGUUCUCUGCUCGGGUCAUGCCACUCAAAAAGGUUUGGAGCAUUUUGGGUUUGAGGUUAUGUACGUUCAUCCUGUACUGUUUACUAGUAAGUUGCUGUGUGUUUUAUGAGGAUAGCUAAUGGUUAGUUUGCCUUCGAAUAUAUUUGAGCUGAUUUUUAGUCGUAACAGAUUUUCCAGUCUGGGGCAAAGUAGACGCUGCGCGUUGUUAUGAGGAUGUGUAAACGUAAGAAAUGAUCCCACACUUCCCCAGGUGUUGAGCGGCACAGUUUCGUUGUUUUUGCUGUGGUUGUUGUCUUUAAACGGUUGUAGUCUCAGCAUUUGAGUGGUACACAGAAAGCCCUUCUGGUUGGUGGCACCUGCUCCCAAGGAUAGUUCAUAUGAACCACACUGUGUGUGUGUGGGGGGGGGGCGUCCAAAAACUGUCUUGGCAAUUUUUGAAGAAGGGCUUUUAAAAUACUUUAAAAUAAUGUGAGUCACUUCGAUCUGUUUAAACAGAAGAAAUUUGAUGUGAGGUCCUUUUUUAAAAUAUGGUUGUCUCACUUUAUAACAUUUUUUUAAAGGAAAAAAAAACCCUUGUGAUGGUUUUGUACUUUUUGCCUGAAGCAAUCUUCUGGAACAUGCCCCACAUCAUCAGGGUGAAUUCUGCUGAUGACUGUAAUCCUUGUAGCAGUCAGCAGUCUCUAGUCAUCUAUAAGGCAGGAUGAGCUACUUUGCUUACUUCUUCAGGCCUUUUGUGGUCUAUGGCAUAUGGUGUGUUUGGGUAUGUAAGAGGUUAGUAUUUUCAAAUAAGCAAUCUCUGCUUAUCAUGAUUAUAAUAAUUUUGUAGCAUUUUUAAAGAUGCAUAUUAAAGUUUAUAGAAAAAUUAAAAUGUCUGUGUAUUUAUGUAAUAGCACUUAUUUUAAUGACAUAUAUAUCAAAAUAAAGAUUUCGUAAAGACCAA